GUGCUUUAUUAUGGAAGACAGAGGAUAUCUUGUGGCACAUCCAACUCUUAUUGAUCCUAAAGGUCAUGCUCCAGUAGAACAGCAACAUAUUACACACAAGGGUGAUCUGACAAAUCUUGUGCACGGCAGCCACUGUUCUAAAUACAAGCUGACAAGAAUACCUGGAACCAAUGCCUUUGUUGGAAUAGUAAAUGAAACCUGUGACUCACUUGCUUUCUGUGCCUGCAGUAUGGUAGACAGGCUCUGUCUAAACUGUCACAGAAUGGAACAGAAUGAAUGCGAAUGUCCUUGCGAGUGUCCUUUAGAAGUCAAUGAAUGUACAGGCAACCUUACCAAUGCAGAAAACAGAAAUCCUAGUUGUGAAGUCCAUCAGGAACCUCUGACUUUUAUUGCUGUGGAUUCCAGCCUACAGGAUGCUCUUCCUCAGUGUAUCAAUACACAGUGUAAUCAAAGAAUGGAGAGUGGAGAUUGUUUUGGUGUCUUAGACUGUGAGUGGUGCAUGGUGGACAGUGAUGGAAAGACUCACCUUGAUAAAUCCUAUUGUGCUCUUCAGAAGGAAUGCUUUGGGGGUAUUGUGGGUGCCAAAAGCCCCUAUACGGAUGACAUGGGCUCCAUUGGAGAUGAAGUGAUAACUUUGAAUAUGAUAAAAAGCGCUCCAGUUGGUCCUGUAGCAGGAGGUAUUAUGGGAUGCAUAAUGGUGUUGGUUCUCGCAGUCUAUGCCUAUCGUCAUCAAAUCCAUCGCCGAAGUCAUCAGCAUAUGUCUCCACUUGCAGCCCAAGUCAGUAACACUCGGUUUAUAGCAGCAGUUAUUGAGCGACACGCCCAUAGUCCUGAACGCAGACGCCGUUAUUGGGGACGAUCAGGAACAGAAAGCGAUCAUGGCUACAGUACUAUGAGUCCUCAGGAAGACAGCGAAAACCCUCCCUGCAAUAAUGACCCAUUAUCAGCUGGCGUAGAUGUGGGAAAUCAUGACGAAGAUUUGGACCUGGAGACUCCCCCUCAGACUGCUGCCCUUUUGAGUCACAAGUUCCACCAUUACAGAUUGCACCAUCCUGCCCCCCAUCAUAGUCACCACUUACAGGCUGCAGUGACGGUACAUACGGUAGAUGCAGAAUGCUAAUGACUUUGACCUCGGGGGAAGAAUUGCAUCUCAUGACACAGACAGCAAGAGCCCAACUCAUGUUCAUCCUUGGCGCCAGGCUUUGGUUUUGGUGACCAUCACGAGACUCGUUUCAGACACAAACGUUUUCCUUCUAAAACAUAAAGCUGGCCCAGGAGUGGAGAAGUUAAGGUGAUGAAUGAACCUGCCAUAACACUCAGUAAAAUGGAAUAGUAGGAAUGUUCGGCCUCCAAGCACUAGAAGAAAGGUUUACGCAAUUAGCUGAGCAUUUUGAACUCUGUUAAUCUGAGCCAAGAAAAGAGCUCAGAUGAAGGCAAAGAAGAUUUUGCUUUCCUUAACGGGAAGAACAGAAAGCCAGAGACAAAGAAGGUGCCAGAUCUAAAAAUAGCCAUUGCCACAAGGUUUUCAUUUGUGUGGGCUCCUUUUUUUAAAAAAAAAAAAAGUUCAUUGCUCUUACAAAUUAUUGUAUAGGCUCUAGGACAAUGCAUCUGGAGAUUUUUAAAUAAAGGAUUAUUUUUGUACUAUUUAUUGAACUCAAAACACUCAUGAACUCUGAGAGAAAGGAAAGGGAGGGAAUAAAGGCAUCACAGACUUUCCGUGAAUACAGCCUAAAGUUUUAUUUGUGUUGGUGACACUGUGGUUCUUAAGAGACUUGAUAUUCAACCCCCUUCUGCACCAUGCUAUAAAGGGAAAAUGAAGAAAUUGUGUGCUGAUUUGUUUACAUAAUUAAAGGUUCGUUUCCAUGGUCAUUUUGUACACUAUAAACAUGGCUUGUUGUGUUUAUAUAUCUAGUAUCACCCUUCUCCACAAUUUAUAUAUAUGACUAAAAUUGUGUAGAAAUGUGAUACCAUGUCUAUGCCUCCUAUAAGCAUUGAAGAAUCCUAUUCUUCUCUCAUUCUCCCAUCUUACUUAUCUUCCAACUUGGGGGCAAAAUUCCAUUUAAUAUAGUAAAGUGUUCAGUGCCAUUCAUGAUUGAUAAAUUCAAAAUGCUAAUUGUUUCCAUUUCACACAAUGGAAAUUUUUCAGAAUGUAAUGAUAAAAGAUCUCUUCCGAUUUAUCUGGCGUCUGACACUGUUUUAGUUCUUCAUUGAAGAUUCAUAACAUCUGACUUGAUGGCACAUGGACCAUAUAAUUUUAAGCUAGUUUUAAGUUGCCGUGUUUUGUUUAUAAAGUGACUAAAAUAUUAUGGGCACAUCUUCGCACCAUGCAUAUGAUAAACAUUCAUCUGUAUGUAGUUUUUAAAAAGGUAUCUGAAUAUUGCUUUAAUAAUAGGGUACUUAAUAGUUAUGUAAAUGGUUUUUAACAGUAUGGUAAAGUAUGUGUGUGCUAUCAUGAUGCCCUUUAUACUACGUAUAAAAUCACAAUUUCUAGUGGAAUAAAAUUAUGUAAAGUAUGGAUUUAUGAAUUGCUUUUGACAGGUCCAAAUGUAAUUUGGCAUAAAAAUGUUUUAUAUUAACUUGGAACUCGGUUAUAUAAAUUUCUUCAGCAUUAGAUAUUCUCUCCCAGAUGCUAUCUUCAUUUCUAAAUAUUCAAGCUCACAGAUACUUUGAGAAUAGCAGUGGGGAGCUGUGUGUGAAUUCCAUGGUCUUCUGAUAUAAAUGGAGAGAUAAUCUGUACUCACUGUAGGAAUCUUUGUGUGAACAGGAUAUGGUCUUAAUGGAAUUGAUUAGAAAGCUUCUCGUCCCAUGUCUUUGUGAUGUUAUCAUUUGAUUGUUAGUCCUUAGAAUUAAACAAAAGACUCUUAAAGAGUCCAUACACAGCAUGAAUACACUCUUAUAAUACUACAGUUGCUGUGUUAUGAUACCUUUAAAAAAUUGAUAAUGUUAAAAUUCAAUUCCUGCAGAAAUUAAUCAAAUACUGGGAAAUUGUUAAAAUUCCCAGGAUUUAAUAAUGGCUGGAAGUAACUGUAAUAGAAAAUGAACUACAUCUGCAUACCGUACAUGGAAAUUGGAUAAUACAGAUUUCAAAGAUUUUAAUUUGCAAUUGUCAUUUUGAAAAUGGAUAAAUGAAAACGGCUCCAUUAAUAAUAACAUUUACUGAUCUUGAGUAUGUUUUUUUAAAAAUACUAUACCCUACCUAGAAGCAUAACCUGGAACAUUUUCUGUUGAAUGAAAUAGUCAUAAAGUUUUUGCAUUCUAACUAUAUUGUGUUACUGUUUUCACUUGGAUUUUAAAGGCAUCUGACCAGAAUAAUGGAACUCUAAUAUUUAGUCUAACCCCCUGGUCUGUCUUGACAGCUAGUUUUGUGUAGUGGUUAAAGGCCUGGACUGGAUAUCUGGUGACUGUCUUGCCUUAAACCAACUGGGUGUCUUCGGGCUAGUUUCUCCCAGCCCUUUAAAAAAAUGGCAAAUGAGUUUUUGGGGGUGGGGGAGACUUGCAUGCAGUUGUGCAGAUGUUGGCCAGAACCAAGAUAUGGAGACCAUCCAAAAUUGGUCUUUUGUGAACUGUCAUUUCCAUGUGCUUGCCUAACAAGAAGCAGUCCCAAGGAAAAAAGAUCUAAGUUGUUCCCUUAUAUUCACCCACAUAUCUGAACCUAUUAUCUAAGGAAAUAGGAGGGGGUUGGUGGGGGAGAAGUUUCAUGCAGGAUCUUAGGAAUUUAAGUGUCAUUGCACAAGUUGUUUCAGAUCAACUCCCUCCAAAAGCAGAAAUAUGCGUAAAUAAGUAUAUUUUUCAAGGUUACUUAAGAGAAAUAGUGCUAUUUAAAACAGCAAUGUUUAAUUCACCAUUUCCUUCUAUGCUUAGAUGCUCUUUCACGUGCUAGUAAUGCUUCAUUAAAUCUGGCUUUAUCUAUCCAAUGAUAUACAAUACUAUAUUACUUUUCACAUUUCCCUUUUUAUAUUUAAUGGGUUUUAUACUAGAAGCUCCAGCAUGUCAUAUUUAAAUAUAUAAAGGAACAGAGACUUAACUCAUAAAUAUAGUUUGAAGUUGUAUUAUUCUUAAAAUCUCUCCAUGAAAAUCCAGGUAUGUUCUGGCUUUACCUCACACUCUCAUAUAUUGAUGGGAUUCUGGUUUUUAAAGUAACAGAAAUAAUAAACUUUUGAAUUUUC